CAGAGCACCCAGCAGGUCCUCAGCCCCAGGGGCAGGAGGGGACAGCAAGGCUGAGCUGCCAGGCAGGAGCAGACAGAAAGCUUGGGAGCAUAUUCAUGGUCUGCUCGGAGCUGUGCUUGGAGAGAAAGAAGAAUUGGAGAGGAGGAAGGGUUGGAGAGGACAAAGAGUUGGAGAGGCCAAAGAGUUGGAGAGGAGGAAGGGGUGUCCUGCACCCAAAUCCACUUGGAAUCUUACCAGUGGGUGCUGAGCCAACCUGGCAGAGCCCAGGGCAGAAAACACCUGGGACAAAGACACGUAACCCCACUUUGGGGACCUGACCAGGACUGAGCUGGCAGGACUGGGAGCAGGGCUGGAGCCACAGCUGAGCACCAGCAAAAGCAGCACCUUUGUGGUAUCUCAUGAUGUCACCCAGGUCCUUUGCUUGUGUAAACAGUGGUGUAGGAGACAUUCCACUUCCUCCUGAGCACUCGACUGCGCUGAGCACGGCUCUGCCUGCCAAGGAAUGACUCACCCACCCUACACCACCACAGCCUCUUCCAGCCAUCCAGUCAUGACCCAAAGCAACCAGAGCUGCUCCCGUCAGGACAUCACCUUCAAGAGCAGUCUCUACGCCACCACCUACACCCUCAUCUUCAUCCCGGGGCUCCUGGCCAACAGCGCUGCCCUGUGGGUCCUAUGCCGGUUCCUCAGCAGGAAGAGCAAAGCCGUCAUCUUCAUGGUCAACCUGGCUGUGGCUGACCUGGCUCACGUCCUCUCACUGCCCCUGCGCAUCUACUACUACAUCAACCACACCUGGCCCUUUGGGGAUGUCCUGUGCCUGCUGUGCUUCUACCUGAAGUACCUCAACAUGUACGCCAGCAUCUGCUUCCUCACCUGCAUCAGUGUCCAGCGCUACUUCUUCCUGUACCACCCCUUCCGAGCCAAGGGCUGGAAGCGCCGCUACGACGUGGCCAUCAGCGCCCUGGUCUGGCUCGUCGUGGGGGCGGCCUGCGUGCCCUUCCCCAUCAUGAGGAGCCACGGGCUGGGCCCCAACACCACCAGCUGCUUCGCCGACCUGCAGGUGAAGCCGAUCGACAGCAAGGUGGGCACGGUGCUGAUGACCGGCACCGCCGAGCUCCUGGGCUUCGUGGGCCCGCUGGUCAUCAUCCUCUUCUGCACGUGGAAAACAAGAGACUCCAUCCGGGGCUUCCACGUCCCACCAGAAAACAGUGGGGAGAGGAGGAAGGCCCUCAGGAUGGUUUCCAUGUGUGCCAUUGUGUUCUGUGUGUGUUUUGCUCCCUACCACAUCAACUUCUUCUUCUACCUGUUGGUGAAGGAGAAUGUCAUCACCAACUGCUUCCUGAGCACCAUCACGCUCUACACCCAGCCCUUCUGCCUGAGCCUCGCCAGCUUCGACUGCUGCUUGGAUCCCAUCCUCUAUUUCUUCAUGACUUCCGAGUUCCAGGAACAGAUUUCCAGGCACAGCAGCAUGGUCAUCCGGAGCCGGCUCAUGAGCAAAGAGAGCGCCUCGUCAAUGAAGGAGUGACAAGAAAGCCAGUUGGAAAAAAACAAGGUAUUUUACAUGAAAUCUGAGACUGAUCUGGGAUACUCCAUUAACAACUCUUUUGUGGAAGAUCCUGCAGGUUUAUCCAAGAAACUUUUGUAGCAGUGGAAUUUUUUCAGUAUAUAGAAGAUAAAGCCCUGUCUAAGACUGCUGUGUUGGAAUCAAGUGAGUCACCCAAUUGAUGUGACUCUCCCUGACCUGUGCCUCCCCGAUCUGGCCUCUCUGGACUAUAAAAUACACAGGAGGGAGUGAAAAAAAUUUUACUGGGAAAUGGCGGAAAAGUCCUAGGCAUUUACUCUACUUUCCCAGUUGCAGACUCCAUGAUCAAGCCAUAGACAAUCACACAUUCAUACACUGACAUCUUCUGAAGGAUCUUCUCUGGGAAAACCACACAAGAACCUGGCCAGUAGCAACCAAAGGACAUUAUGGUUUGUGCAGUGGGGGCUGUGGACAGGUGAAGGUGUGCAGGUGGUUUCCACAUGCUCCUAGUUUUGGUGCAUCCCACUGGUCACCCGUGACCUCUACUCCUCCUUUCUGCACCCACACUCCUGUUCUGCUCCUCCUUUCCCUCCUCACCCAGCUCUGUUUGCUCCUUAAUUGCUGACACGUCUCAUAACUUGCACCUGCAGCUGGUGCAAGACCUUCUGCAAGACAAAUUCUCAAACAUCCAGAGGCACCUGGAAGCGGCACGUUCCCUUGCUCCAGGUGACUUUCUUCCCCUCCAAGCUGGCAAGCGGGACAUGAGACGGUGGCUUUUGCUUUUGGACCCCUUGGGGCAGGACCAUGGUGGUCCCGGGGUCAGUGCAGGUGAGUUAGAUGGUUCUGGUGCUAUCACUCAGGUUCUCACUCCUUUCUCUGUGUGGUCCAGAGGUACCUGAGAUGAAUCUGCCCCCAAAACCUCAGCUCAACCUGUUAAGUUGAUGCAUCUUUUAAAAAAGAGAGGAAUCCUUGCCAAGGUGAUUUCACUGAUAGACAAGAAGUUAAGUUCAUAAAUUACUGUGAUUUUUUUUUCUGCCAGGUUCUGUCAUGAUCCUAAUGUUUAAAUUUUAGGUAACUAUGCAAAGCAGCCACAAGGAAGGAUUAAUUUAUCCCUUAUUUUUAAUUAGUUACAGCUCUUCAGCUGAAUCCACCCACUCUGUAAUUUCAAGGGUAUCUCACAAUACCUGGGGAUGGAUUUGGCUGAACAGUCACCAAUUUAUUGCCGUUGGAAAUCAGUAUAUUUUCAAAAGAAUGCAAACAAUUUGUACAGUCCUGCAACAGUUGCUACAAAACCAGAAGAAAUACCAGAAACACUUGCUAUGUGUAUUUCAACUCCAACCACUCAAUUCCACUGAGUUAAAAUGUAACUCAGCCAAAUAUUUCCUGUAUAUUGUGUUUUCCCACUUCUCUGUUUACAAAAAAAAAAAAAAAAAGAAAAAAGAAAAAAAAAAGAAGAAAAAAAAGAAAAAAAAGGGGAAAAGCCAAGAAUUAGGGUUUAAACAACCAUUUCCCUCUAAAAGGCAAUGACACUGAUUAAACACAACAAGUCCUCAUAAUUCUCCUCCCAGGUGUAGAAGAUGAUUUUGGGCUGAGUAGGAUGCACUGGAGCCUAUGGAAAUGUUCUCUCUGAUGUCACUGACACAAUAAAUGUUUACGCACUGCAAGGAGUCCCUUCCAAAGGGGUGGAUGCUCACGGACAGAGCUGACCUCACACAGUUCAAUUAUUGUCAGUUCAGCAGUCUCUCAUAAGCUACACUCUGUAUAAAGUUGUCAGGGAAGGAGACUUCAGUUUCAGUGCUUGUUUUGGGGAUUUUUUUAUAGACCUUGCUCAGCCUCCACGUGACUAGGAGCUGUUUCCUGUCCCUUCACUUUCGCACCCUUCUCCUUUGAUAAGGUGAAAACAAGCUGAGGGCACUUACAGGAAUUCUGUAGCUUGCUCUGUGGGUUUUUCUUACCAAGAAGUGAUGCUCAAAACAAAUAAAAAAAUAAAAGCUAUUUUGCAAACGUCAGCUAAGUUUUGUAGUUAUCAUUGGUACCUGGAAAACUGCGAGUGAUCAGCUCCUCCUGGGAUCAGGGUUCAAGCAAAGGAGAGCAACUUUUAUUAUUCUUAAACAGAUCUGUUGCUUGUUUCCACUCUGGAUAGAGGUUAUUUAUUUAACUUCACACUUCUAUUAGAUUUAGAAGUAUUUUGAGGAUGAUCUUCCAUAAGAAGGUGUCCUAGGUGGUGGAAGAUGGAUAAGGCAUGGGAAUACCUGCUCCAUCUGCUGAGUGUCCGGGAGUGACAGUGGCUCUGCAUGCCCAUUCCUUAGGAUGGAUUUGGUGUCUCCAUCAGGGAUAACAUUCUCCAUCUCCAUGAUAACAUCCCCAAGCACCUCAACUCCCCACAUUUUCCUGCUGCACUCGCCCUCUGAACUCCCUUAGGUUCCCUAAAAUGCUCCUUUUCCAAAAUGCUCCUUUUCCAAAAUGCUCCUUUUCCACAGCCCCAGUCUGUGAGGAAAGGUCACACACUCAACACUUUCCAUCCCGUGGUGCGCAGGGGAUCAGAUAACUCUGUCUGAAAGUCUCUUCGGGCGUGGGGAAAGUGUCCUGGUUUUGGUUGGGAUAGAGCAAACCACCUCUGUGGGGUUCAGUUGCCAGAUGGGGUUAAACCACCAGGGAAAGUCAGGGCCAGCCUAGAGAGCAACAGCUCGGAGCAGAGAGAGAUCAGGGAAAACUUGCAGUUUUCUGAAAGUCCGAGACGAUCCAUUUGGCCUCCACAAACCCACACGUGAAAUUAGUUCAGGCCUUCCAAAACCUCAGUAUGCAACUCAGGAGAAGAAAACAGGCAUUCCAGUGAGGAGGAGAGUAUUCCAGCUGCCUUCCCAGCUGGCUGGUGCUGGAUCUGACCCAGGACCUGGGCUGCAGGGGCUGCUUUGCCUCACACAGUCAGAGGCACAACAAGCCUGGCUCAGGUUCCUGUAAUUCACCCCAUUUCCUGUGACCAAAAAACAUGUUUAUUAUUCUGACAAGAGGAAACAUAAUUUCAUGGUGUUGCUCCUGGAUUAUCUCUUGUGCUGGUCCUGCUGCUCAGACUCACGAGUAGAAAAAGACUUUUCCUCCUUCUUGGGCAGACACAAGAAAGCUGUUUUAACAGACAUGCCCCAGAAAGACAGAACUGAACCAAAUCAAGAGGUUUGGUACAGCUCCACAGGGGUGUGAAAGAUGGAUCUGAAGGGCUCCUGGCGUUGGAGCAUCUCACCCCAAAGGGAAUUGCUCAGGAUGGAGAUGCUGUGAGGUCUCCAAGCCACCUGCACUAGCACAGUGCUUGUCCCCAAGGCAUGGCUGUAGGCAAACACAUUUCUUUUCCUCUAGAACAUGAGCCAUUCACCUUUUAGCAAAAGCAAAUGUGUUUCUCCG